CUGAACACACACACACACUCCAUGGCAAACCACGUGUGGGCUUGGGAACCAGGCAAACCCAAGUUUGCAUCCUGCUCUCAUACUAACCAGCUGUGUGACUUUGGGCAACUUAGUUAACCUCUCUGGCCUCAGUGUCUUCAUCUAUAAAAUAUGGACCAUAAUAGCUCCUGCCUCGUAGACAGCUGCUUAAAGGACUGAGUGAGACCAAAUGUCGAAAGCACUUGGGUCAGUGCCUGGUACCGAGCAAAUGCUCGAUAAAUGCAGUGGUGGCGAUUUUCACUGUUACUUCGAAUGGAACAUCAAAAUACCUACUGGCCUGUCAUCCAUUGCAGGGACUUGUUCUCAGGCGGUGCUUAGUAAGUGUUUAUUGCAAUGAACUGAAUUGAUUCCAGCCGUUUAACUUAGUUUGGGGGAUAAAGAUUUCCCUUUCUACCGGGAUGCUAGGAGACGUGGAUGAGGACUCGCAACCCAGGUGGUCCAGCGUGAGAGGGAGGAGGCCGUGUCCUGUAGAAGGAAGAGCCCGGUUAUCAAGUACUCAUGUAGACAAAGCCUGCAAGCUUGGGGAAGCCAGGCCCCCCCAGGUCAGCCUCGGGCGACAGCCCCCAUCCUGCCAGGCCCUGGGGAGUGAGUCCUUCCUGCCCAGCAGCUCGUUUGCCCACGAGCUGGCCCGAGUCACCUCCUCGUACAGUACCUCAGAGGCCGCGCCCUGGGGCGGCUGGGAUCCGAAGGCCUGGAGGCAGGUGCCCGCUCCGCCACUGCCUAGCUGCGACGCUGUAGCGAGAGAAGCAGAGAUCAGGUCUUACGGCAAUGACCCCUGAACAGCGGAGUGCGUAUAUUGCCCAACAGAUGAGUCAAUUUCAAGGUAAGCA